GUAUUUUGGAAAUAUUUGCUGUGUCUCAGGGGAUUGUAGGAAUACGAGGAGUUUUCAGCAACAAAUUUUUAGCGAUGUCAAAAAAAGGAAAACUCCAUGCAAGUGCUCGCUUCACGGUGGACUGCCAUUUCCGAGAGCGCUUCCAGGAGAACAGCUACAACACCUACGCCUCGGCCGUGCACCGCAGCCCCCGCUCGGGCCGCCCGUGGUACGUGGCGCUCAACAAGCGCGGCAAGGCCAAGCGCGGCUGCAGCCCCCGCGCCCGGCCCCAGCACGUCUCCACGCACUUCCUGCCCCGCUUCGGGCACCCGCAGCCCCCCGAGCUCGCCUUCACCGUGGCCCUGCCCGACAAGAAGCCGCCGCCGCCGCCCAAGGCCCGGCCCGCCCCGGCCCCGCCGCGCAGGAGCCCCGGCCCCGCCCGCUACCGGCUCAAGUUCCGCUUCGGGUAGGGCCGCGCCGGGCGGCUCGGGGGUGAGCCCGCGGCGGGGACCCGUGUCCCCCUCCGCGCAUGGACACCGGGAGCCUCCCGGGCCGGGAUCGGCCUCGUCUCUUCACCGCACGGACCGGGCGGCAUCCCCGGAGGCGUGCCAAGGAGAAUUCCUGCCGUGAAUUCCAGCACUGGACGGGACCUCGGGUGAGCGUUCUGUUGUUGGGACCCUGAGUAGGAAGGUACCUCUACAGCGAACAUGUUUUCUUGUUUUCACUAGUGACUCCUUCGACAAUCAUUUUCACACGAGAGAGAUGUUCAAAACCAAGCGGUUUUGUUUGUUUUUCUCGCAUCUCCUUCUUGCUGCACUUUUUCCUCCGACCAUACCUCAGGCACCGUGCAUCCAGGUCUGUCCCUCUCCCUCUCUCGGAAGCCAGCUCUUCCCUUCCACAGGUUAAACCCAGAGACCAAACCCUGCGAACUCUGCCGCCUUACCUGUGGUGCGGGGCGCUCUCCAGACCCUUUGUUGGCAAUAAUGGAUGUGUGGAUGUAUUUUGUGGGGGUCGCAGGCCGGGGGACGGUGGCUGCUUGCAGCCCGCCCCUGGCGGUCUCUCCCGUUCUUCCCUGGACAGCUGGAGGAGCGAGUCUCCUCCUGUCCGUCCGAGCACAGAUUGGAUGCCUGCUUUGAAAUACCUCUGCCCCAGUGCCGGGGCAUUCCCGCUCCCUGGAGGAGCCCCCCCGCAGGUAUCCCCACGGGAUAGGGAUGCCUGUGGCCCCCAGGUGCCCACCGGUUUCGUCCAACCUUUUUUGCUGCUGAUUUAUUUUAUCACACUCAAUACAUUUGCAGAGGCAGGAAGCAAGGUUUUUGUUUUCCAGGAGCGUGGCGAUGUGGCAAUAAGUGCUGGUACAGCUGCUGGUCCCCUGGGGAGUGUUUCCCCCACUCUGGCGGCCCUGAUGUGGAAUUGUUUCUCCAUCGUGAUAGUAGCAGUGCACACGGAGUUUGCAGUGGGUGUUUAGCAGCGUUGCUGUUCGUGCAGGCACUGGUAGCAUCGAACCUCACCGGUGAAGCCUUAAUAGGAGCCCAGGUGGGCUCAGGUUGGCAGAGCCCCUCAGGACAUGAGCCCUGCCAGCGUCCGGCAGCAAUAAUCAGCCUCUCCUCCGCAUCUGAGUGUGGCUGUGUCCUUUGGGAUUGUGGUUCUUUGCCUUUGUCAUCCCUCUGGCAGCCCCUGGCCGGACAUGUGUGCUCCAUGGGACGGGGAUGCUGGAAUAAAACUGUUCUGUUUCAUUUUAUAA